UUCAGCUGGUACCAAUACAUGGACUGCAGUAGAGAUCAAGACUGCCCUACAACUGAGAAAGUUUGUGAGAUGAAUUAUUUAUGCUGGAAAUAUAAUACAUCAACGAGGCGCCAUCUCCUGGUCGUUCACGCUUCCGUGCAAAUCAAUGCCUACAGAGAUCGGCCUGCUAGAUGGCAGCACCGAAAAGAGAAAUCGGCUGUUUUCAUCGCAUGCUUUCCUCCUCGUCACACAGUCUUUUGCACUUCUUGGUUUCACGUUCAACUUUAACCUUUUGGAUGAGGAAGAACACUCGCAAUCAUGUGGAGAUGAACAUGCAUUGCACGUUUUCUAGCAUAGUUGCUAAGGGAGAUUCAUUAUUUUGCAACCAUUCACGCUUAUAACCCUUGCCUUAAGAAGUUAAGCUAUAAAUUUGGCCAUCGCAUUUCCCUGUUUCAGAACCGGUUAGCUGAGCCUGGAGGAAAUGAAACAGUAAACGAAAGGAAAAGAAAGGCUAAUUACAGCCAGCCAGUCUUGUAAAAAUUAAGUCGGUGAACUCUUUCCUGGCAUUUGAGAUACAGUGAUGGGGAAAGUUUCAGCUGAUGAAAGACACAGGGAACCCUCUGGAGUGCUAACGAUGGUCCCUUCAUACACAUAGCAAACCAUGAGAGAGCUGCUUUGCUUCCCUGGGAUAUGAUUCCCCACAGUUCUGGACCUGAAGCACAACUUUAUUCAGAGACUUGGAGCACUUGAUUAUCAUGACAGUGAACGUGAAAAACAUUGUAUUUUCCAAUAUGAAUGUUUCCUGGCUUCUCCGAUUGUCCAGAGAGAUUGUACUCAAAGGAGCAGCAACUCGGUUCCUUUGCCUGAAGGCUGGGAGCUCCAAUGCUGUAUCGGACAAAGAAAAUGACGUUUUAGUGAGCAGUCUGAUUGGUAUGGGCGUGGAUGUCCACAUGGUGAGAAAACGGCAGCCUGGUGUUCUCAAGAAGCAGCAUACCAAUGAAAAAGAUCUGAAGUCAUUUUUGCAAGCCAAGGGAGCCAACCAAGAAGCCAUUGCCAAUAUCAUAUCACGCUAUCCACGGGCCAUCACUCGCUCGUAUCAGUCUCUCAAUGAACGCUGGGAAAUUUGGAGGAGUAUUUUGAUGACUGACUUGGAAAUUAUAACAAUCCUGCAACGCUCCCCUGAGUCUUUUUUCCGUUCUGGAAAUAAUGCGAAUAUGGAGAAGAAUAUUGCCUUGUUUUGUUCUCUUGGGUUAAGCUCCAAGGAGCUUGGCAAGAUGCUGACCAGAACGCCAAGAGUAUUUUCUAACAGUAUGGAGCUCAAUAAGCAAAUGAUAGGCCUCUUGAAUGAGAUCUAUUUAGCACUUGGUGGAGAAAACCCAGAUGAGUUUGUGAAGCAGAUAAUUUCUAAAAAUGGCUUUAUCCUCUUACGGAGCAUCAAGCAGGUCAAAGCUAAUGUUCAGUUCUUGCAAUCGUCUUUUGCUCUGGACGACAAGGAACUAAUAACACUUUUGCAUGGUCAAGGUGGUGAUCUUCUGGACCUCUCUAAUGAAUACCUUAAAAAAACUCUUGCAAACGUGAAAGAGAAACUGUUGUCUCAUGGGUGCACUGAAACAGAAGUGGAUGAGUUUGUUCUUAAACACCCUCGCAUUCUGUAUCUUUCUCCUCAGAACCUGAACGAUAAAAUAGAUUUCCUCUUAGCGACUCAUAUUAGCAUUCAGCAAAUAUUGAAAAGCCCACUAGUUCUGGACAAAAGUCUCAACACUAUAAUUAGCCGAAUAAAGGAUCUGGAAAAAGCCGAUUAUAAUUUUGGAAUCCAGGGGAUUACAAUUCUUGCAUUAAGUAAACAACGAUUUGAAAAUAAGUUAGAAAAGUUGGAUUGUACAUAGUGUCUGAACAAAUUAAAAAAUGUGGCUAAAGAAAAAGGAACAAACCUUUUGGAAGAGAAUUAACUUCUUUAAAAGAAGUUUAAAAAUAAACCAAUCCCACAAUACUCUUUAACAAUUGUGUAUAGAUAUUCUAAAUUACAAGUUCUGAAUAUAUUCCCAAAUGUUUCUGGUUUCAAGAAUGGUCUCAUGAAAGGAUGUGCUACAAAUCCGGACGUCUUUAUACAUGCUUCUGAUCACCUGCAGGCAUUUGUUUCUGCAACCAAGCAUUCAGACGUGAAACCUCUUAGCCUGAAGUGAUACAGUCCAGGAAAUGUUUUAACAUUUGAUUCUGCUGAUUGUAUUUUUUUAAUUAUUAGUUGUGCUUGUGCCCUGUUCUUCCUUUAGAAGCUCCGGGUGGCUUCCAUAGCCCUCAUGGUGGUUACCCAUAUUGGUCACUGAGCUGGUGGAAACCCAACCCAAGCACUCUGACAAGAGUUGACCCUGCCCCUCAACUUUUCUACACAUAUCCAUCUGCAGCCCAGUGAUGACUUACAAGCAGGUGCAGCUCAAGAUAUUGCAGUACCUGAGGUGAGGUGCCAAAUGCUGUCUUGUUGCAUGCCCCUGGUGGGUAGGGAUGUGCAUGAACCUUGGUUCAUGAACUUUGGUUUAUGAACCUUGUUCAACCACUGGUUUGGCGCCAUGGGGAGAGCGAGGGCAAGUGGGAUCUUUAAAAAAAAAAAAGAGUGAGAGCGAACACGUUCUCACCUGCUCACCGCCACCUGCAGCUUCCCGCUGCUGUGGCGCUUGUCCCGGUACCCCUGUGUGGUGCCAGACGCACCUGGUGGCCACGCAUGCACGGGUGACAUUUGUGUGCUCAGCAUGGUCUUGACCACGCAAAUGGCUCACAUUCAUGUGCAGAUGCCAUGUGCAUGCUGGUGCCACGCAGGAGUACUUGGGAGAAGUGCCACCACAGCAGGAAGCUGCAUGCGGCAGUGGAGAGCAGGUACAGCUCUCCAUGGCACCAAACCAGUGCAUGAACAUCCUUACUGGUGGGGGCCAGCAUCCUGGAAGGAAACUGACCUUGCAAGCUUGAAAGUGGCAUGAGGGGUGAGGAGGAGGAAAAGUUGACAGUAGCCUCUUCUUGUGCUUCUGGUAAGCUUUGCAAGGGGUAUCGGGGCAAGAGGGCAGCCUUCUCUCUUCUCCCUAUGAUCCUUGUAAAUCUGGCAAGGCCAGAGAGCUCCCAAGGAGCUGCUCCAAUGGCAGCAGCAGGGGGCAUCUUGGCGCCCCAGUAAUCUGCCGCCUGAGGUGAGUGCCUCACCUCGCCUAAUGAAAGGGCCUCCCCUGAGCAGGUGUGUAAUGGAAGCAAGGGUCUUGUGGGAUGGACACUUUGCAAAACGUGGGUUGGGGAGAGUUAUAAAAAUGGUACAAAAUGGGCUGCCAUGUUCUCUAUAUAUGAGGUCAAGGGGUAAUUUCUCCUGAUUUGCCAUCACUAACAAAAAACAACACUUUUAACAAUGUAGACAUCAGAUAUGGAGAAAACGUACCUCCAGUUAUGAGAGGUGGGCUCCCCUCUGGGAAACAAGGACUCCUGGUCUUAUUAUGGUAGAGAAAGUUUCCUCUAAUCAUUUGGGUAUUGUCCCCCCCCCCCCCCAAAAGUGGGCUGGAAAUAAUGGUAGGGUGCUCAUAUGAGACUGCUUGGGAAUGGGUGGUGACCCAAGAAGUCUUUUGCUCAUUGAUUAGUAUGCCUGUUUCCCUCCCAGCCUAAGUUUAGGGCUUUCCCCCUCUAUAGACCAGUUCUUUCAGGCCUGGCCAGGAGGCCACAAGGUUUGCUUAUGUGACAACAGCCAUUUUUCUUUGAGGUUGGUUACUAUAGUCCUGCCUGCUGGGUCUCACUGUUGUGCCUCUAUACACCAAGAUAAGUUUGUAUAAAAUAUAAUUUAAACAGUGCAAAAUAAGUUGAAUGGCUGCAAUAAAUUCAGAUUAAGGCCUGGAAAACAGGGAUUCCAAUGUAGUAAGCUGCCUAUGUAUACUUUGGCUCCAAUGAAAUAAAUGUUGUUUUUGUUCAGUUUUCUUUUGAUUGCCAUUUAAAGAACUUGUAUAGUAUGUGUUUAGAGAGAACAAAAUAGGAAUAAAAUAUGAGCAAGCUGAA